GGUGAUAGAGAAGAUGAGUGUCACACCAAGCUUCAGAGAGAAGAUAUUUCACAUUACAGUGAAGGAGAAUUCUGAACAAGAUGAAUGAAAAAGUCUUCCUCCUGCUUCUGGGCUGUGUGACGGGGCUGGUGACCAGUCUACCUCUAUCUGCACAAAUACAGUACAAUCUACUUGGAGUGAACAAAGAUGCCCCAAAAAGUGAAGACUCAGAAAUACCAAAGGGGAACUUCGGCAAAAUUAUUCAAGCUAACAAAGAUAGCAAAACACCCAUGUAUGGAGGAGAUAUUCUGGUACAGAAUGAGCGCAGUGCUAUGAACUGUCCUGAUUGCCUUUGGCCUAAAAGUGAUAAUGGUAGUGUUCCUGUUCCCUACAUCAUAGAUUCCCGCUACAGUCCCAGUGACCUGAAUAACAUUGUGCUCGCCAUGGCCGAGUUUGAGACAUUGACUUGUGUGAGGUUUGUGCUUCGUACAACAGAAGAAAGUUAUCUUAACAUCACACCUGAUAGAGGCUGUUACUCAUAUCUUGGAAGAACUGGUGGAAGCCAGACAGUUUCAUUGGGUGGAGGCUGCGUCUACAUGAAGACUAUACAACAUGAACUAGAACAUGCCCUGGGCUUCCACCAUGAGCAUAUGAGGAGUGACCGUGACAAUUAUGUGGACAUCAAUUACCAGUAUAUCCCUGAAGGACACUGGGGAAAUUUUGGUAAAGCGGACACUAAUAACCUGGGCAGUCCAUAUGAUUACGGUUCAGUGAUGCAUUAUGAUGCCUAUGCAUUCAGCAACACUUCAGACAAACCCACAAUUGUCCCCAAGCCUGACCCCAAUGUGCCUAUUGGGCAGGCAGUUGGAUUGAGCGUCUUGGAUGUCACUAAAAUUAACCGACUUUAUCAAUGCAAUGUCUUUUCUACUUUGCUAAAUAAUGAGACAGGAAUGUUCACUUCUGAAAAUUAUCCCUCUGCUUAUCCCAAUAAUGUGGACUGGGUUUGGCUGAUCAGGGUUCCGUCAGGGCAGGCUUCACUAAAUUUCAAUAGGUUUAAGAUCCAAUCCACUCCAAACUGCAAAUCUGACUACAUGAGGAUCUAUGACGGUCCCUCUAAGAACUCUCCUGUGUUGUUGGAUAAAAUGUGUGGCAGUAAAACCAUCCCUCCAAUCAUCGCUUCCACAAGCCAGAUGCUGGUCCAGUUUGUCAGUGACAAGGCUGUUGCUGGGGUCGGCUUCCAAGCUACGUAUAGCUCAGUUCAGUGUGGAGGAACAUUCUUUAACUCUCAAGGCAACUUUACAUCUCCGGGAUACCCAGAGUACUACAAUCCAGACAUGAAUUGUAACUUCACCAUCAAAGCUCCUGUUGGAUAUAAGAUUGCUCUGACCAUAAGUGACUUCCAUUUAGAGUCUUCUGGAUUAUGUGAAAACGACUAUCUAAAACUCUUCAUGGAUGGUAAACAAACGGGUCCUUUCUGUGGUGAUCGCACCAUCCCUGUGUAUUACUCCAAAGGCAAUUCUAUGGUUCUCGAGUUCCACAGUGAUGAUUCUACCGUGGCAAAGGGCUUCCAAGUCUCUUACACCUUCUUUCAAUAGAUGAGCAACAGAUGGGACAACGAGAAAAUCUACCGGUUCUGGAAGGAAGCCGGCAUCUCUACAGGACACAAUGUGAACUUGAAGGAGCACGAAUAUAAAAGUUCAUACAUUUUUAAAUGCCUAUAUAAAGGUUAAAUGCACAUCGGAUCAUGUUAGUGUUUACAAUCACAUUUAAGAAUA